AACUGUAACCAUAACAAUCCGCCAUCUUGAACAUGAGCAGACUGCAUGGAUUGUAAAGUUCUUGUAUUGAUGUUUAAUUUAAACAAGUAUUUGACAUAAAAAGCAUACUACUUAAAAAGGAGCGAGAGAGAAUAACUAAGUGACAGCUAAUAUGUCUUCGGGAAAGCUAGCUCUUGCGAAAUUACCGCCUAUUCAAGGGCAAAUAGCAGAAUAUUCCCCAGGUUCUUCCAGACAGAAUGAGGGGUUUUCAGGGCCAACAUACACUAUCUCUGGAUCCAAUAUCAAGUACAAUCUUCCCCAGCCACAUGCACUCAAGCCUUAUGUGGAUACAAAAGCAGGUGAGUUGGACACAUGGCCAGCACAUGCCUCAGGUCACUCUGUGUCCAAGACCUCCUUACACCUGUCCAGAAAUAAACAGCUGGUGAUCAUGAAUGAGGAAGAGAUGGGAAAACCACAGAUGAUACCAAAGCCUAGAUUCCUCGACCAAUUGGAGUCCUACUUAAAGAAAGAGUUGAGGGCUCUCGGCGUGACAGAUGUUAAACCUGAUGAGUUAAGGUUACAAGCUCACAGAGAAGUAUUUGAAUACCUGGUAGAAGACUUCAAGACAUACAAGCCACUUCUGUCAGCCAUAAAGAAUGAAUAUGAAAUGAUGCUAGCUUACCAGAGGGAGCAAAUUAGGCAGCUGGAACCACUAAAGCAAAUGCUGGUGACAGUAUCAGAACAGUGUGAUCAGAAAAUAAUGCAGCACAGAGAACAGGAAAAGCAAGAAAUAUUUGAUUUAAAGAAAGAAAAUGCAGGUCUCUAUAAAAAAAUAGAUGACAUGACAAAUGAACAAAGAACCCUGCAGGCCACAGUGAAGAAACUAAUGGAAGAGCUGGAGGGUCAGGAAGAGAUGUACAGGAAUGAGGCAGAUUCCAGGAAACUUCUUAUCUCGGAAAUCAAUGACUUGAAAUCUCAGACUCAGGACCUGUUAAUGUCCACACAGGUGGAGGUGAAGAUUGACAAAGAUGAUGACCCUGUCAUGUUGAAGAUUGCUCUCAAAAAAGCGCGAGAAGAUGAGCGUGCAGCUGCUAAGAGACUGGCCAUCAUGGAGGCAGAUUAUGGGGAGGUCGUGUCGCGGAGGGAGUUUGAACAAAUAACAGCAAAACUAGCUGAAUUGGAAGAAAAACAUACAACACUUCAAGAUGACUUUGACAAACUAAAAGAAGAAUAUGACACUUUACUGGACAUCAACAAGCAGCUUGAACAGCAGAGGAAUGACUUCUACCAGGAAAGUGUGUCCCUCAGAGAAUGCUCAACUCCAAGGCCAGACUGGAGCAAGGUGGCUGAGGUCCUCCAGGGAGGUGCUGAGAGGUGGGCAGAGCUGUCUGAGGGGAAGACCAGCAAUGAAUUGGUGGAGGUGCUCCUCACAGAGCUGGGUGGCAAGGGAGAGGAGGAAGGAGCUGAGUACUUUGAGGGCCAGGGAACUGAUGAAAGCAUUCCUAAGUACCUGAGGUAUGAGGGGCAAGUGAGGAACAGAAGAUUAGGCAAGAGAGACACUGCAUUCCUUGUGAAAGACAUCUGGAGAGAGAAGGCAGCUCAUGAUGCAGAGAAAACAGAUGGCACCCGUACCACAUUGGAUGAUUUCCUUUACCUGUACCUGCAGCGUAGGUUUGGUGUAGAGUCUAUGAUCGUGGAGUGGGGGUACAAUCUACACGACGCCUGUCAGAGGUUCUCUCAGGAUAUCACCAUUGGUACUUUCUGGUCAAUACUCACUAAUGAGUUUGAUGAAGACCUGUUCCACACAGAGCUUCAGACAAUAGAGAAGGUCCAGAACACCAUGACAAAGAUAGAUAUGGACAAAGGUAACGAGGGGAUGGUGGCUAAGACUGACUUCAAGGCAGGACUGAAGGAAUGCUUCCCUGAUGCUGAUGAUGAAGGGAUAGAUGCCCUCAUGGAGGCUGCUGUCAUAGAGCUGGAGGCCGUGGAGAGUGACACUCUGGAAUAUAAGAAAUUAUUUAUGGAGGAUGAUGAAGGUAACACGGGUCCUUUUGUGCCAGCAAUCAAAAACCAGCUUAAGAAAGAGAGGCAGGUCUACAUAGAUGAUAUCAAGGCAGAGCUGACAUUGGAGGAGGGGCAAACGGAAGUGGAUGUGGAUGCAUUGAGAAUGGGCAUCACUGUGGCUGACCCAGAGAUAGAUGGACCACACAUGGACAAGUACCUGACCUGGACCUAUGCAUGCACUAGAGAAGCUCUGGACAUAGAACCCAAACCAACCAUCACUAUUGAUGACAUGAAUGCACGCAUGUUGGUUGGGGACCUCAAAAGAGUUGGCAUCAAGUUGUAAAACAGUGGACUUUUUAUAAAUUUUUUUUUCUUCUUAUAAGAUGUUUGAAUUAUUCAAUAUGCAUUCAAGAAAAUACAUUGUCAUUUUAUUAACUGAAAAAAAUUCAUUUCUCGGCUCUCUUCUUCUGGAAACUGCAGAAUGAUGCGCUAGUUUUGUCUACACAUUUCCCACCCAUUUAUUCUUCUGUUUAAAGUCUUAUUUUUUUAAUUGGUGUGCU